AGACAAGGUUAUACUCGACGAAGAUGUCGAGAGCUGGCCCCGCUGCGAUGUCCUCAUCUCCUUCUUCUCCACCGACUUUCCGUUGGACAAGGCAAUAUCUUACGUCAAGCUCCGCCUGCCGUUUUGCAUCAACGACCUGUCGCCUCAGGCACUCCUUUGGGACCGCAGGCUCGUCGGCUCGGUGCUAGACCACCUAGGCAUACCCACGCCACGCCGCUUGGAAGUAUCCCGUGAUGGCGGGCCCAAAGUCGACGAGGAGCUCCGCGUGUUCAUGAAAAGACGCCUCGGCAUCUCACUUGGAGGCUUCCGGGUGACACCUGAGGUGACCAUGAGUGAGGACGGCGAUGCCAUCAUCGUUGACGGCCAGGUGAUGCGCAAGCCGUUCGUCGAAAAGCCUGUCAGCGGCGAGGACCACAGCGUGUACAUUUACUUUCCCGGAGGGCAUGGCCGUCGCCUGUUCCGAAAGGUCGGCAACAAAUCCAGCGAGAUUGACCCUAACCUCACGUCUCCUCGUACCGACGGGUCCUACAUUUACGAAGAAUUCGUCGAUGUCGACAACUCGGAGGACAUCAAAGUCUAUACCGUUGGGAAAGACUACACACACGCGGAGACACGCAAGUCCCCUGUGGUUGAUGGCGUUGUCAGACGAAACACGGAAGGCAAGGAAAUAAGGUUCAUUACGCGCCUGACCGACGAGGAGCGAUCCUGGGCGGCAAAGAUUAGCCAAGGUUUCGGACAGAGGGUCUGCGGUUACGACAUGCUGCGCUGCGAUAGUGGCAAGCGGAGUCAAGUCAUCGACGUCAACGGGUGGAGCUUCGUGAAAGGGAACGAGUCGUACUAUGACAAGGCCGCCGAGAUCCUCGCGAACCUCUGUCUCCAGGUCGCGUCCUCCCCAGAGCGGCCGCUGGGCAGCAGCGCAGCCGAGGCACCGCCCACGGAGGCGACGACGACGUGGCUGCUCAAGGCGAACGUGACCGUUUUCCGCCACGCAGACCGCACGCCGAAGCAGAAGCUCAAGUUCAACUUCCCGAUCGGCGAACGCUGGACGGCGCCGUUCGUGCGCCUGCUCAACGGCGAGAAGGAGGAGAUCAUCCUCCGCGAGCGCGCGCAGCUGAGCCUCAUCGCGACCGCGGUCGAGGAGGCCAAGGGCCUCGGCGCGAGCGGCGACGACCUCGCGAAGCUCACGCAGCUCAACAACGCGCUCUUCAGCAAGAUCGACCUCCCCGGCACCAAGGCGCAGCUCAAACCUGUGUACUCGAAGAAGCAGCCGGGGCAGAUGAGGAACCUGACGAAGCUCACGCUCGUCUUCAAGUGGGGCGGCGAGUUCACCCAUUCUGCCAGGUACCAGUCGCGGGACCUUGGUGAGAACAUGAAGAAGGACAUUUCCAUCAUGAACAAGGAGGUCCUGAAGAACGUCAAGAUCUACACCUCCUCCGAGCGCCGCGUCGUCGCCUCCGCCGAGAUCUUCGCCGCCGCGCUCUCUGACACGGGCCGGGACAGCAGCUACAGCGUCGCUUCGACGCCCACGCGCUCCGCCGUCGAUGUCUCGAGCCCCGCCGGGCCGCAGGGGCAGUCGCAGAAGCGCGACUCCUCGGCCGCCUCCGGCAGUGGUGGCCGUGUCCCGAAGCUUAUCGUCCGCAAGGACCUGCUGGACGACUCCAAUGCUGCCAAGGAUCUCAUGGACGACGUCAAGAAACGGUUGAAGAUCCUGCUUCGGCCAGGUGAGCCCGAGAAGCGUCCCGAGCUCACGUGGCCGAAGAGCAUGAAGAAGGAGCCGGUGGAGGUCGUGAAGGAAGUGAUCGAGCUGCUCUCCUCCUUCCGCGAGAUCAUGCACCGCAACUGGGAGCGCAUGGACGUCGACAAGAUCCAGGAGCGCUGGUGCUGCGGGGACGAGCCCUGGCUGUUCCGGGAGCGGUGGGAGAAGCUCUUCGAGGACUUUUGCGACGUGAAGCAGGAGAAGUUCGACCCCUCGCGCGUCUCGGAGCUGUACGACACGAUCAAGUACUGCGCGCUGCACCACCGCACCUUCCUCUUCGCGAUCUUCAACGAGACCGGCGACGCGCCGCCCGACGGUGGGCAGCAGCCGCAGGACCGCCGGCUGCACGAGCUCUACGCGCGCGCCAAGGCGCUCUUCGACCUCGUCGCGCCGCAGGAGUACGGCAUCGAGCCCGAGGAGAAGGAGGAGAUCGGCGUGCUGACGUCGCUCCCGCUCCUCCGGAACGUCGUCGGCGACCUCGAGCGCGCGCGCAACAACGAGGAGAGUUCGCUCACACUCUACUUCACGAAGGAGAGCCACAUCCACACGCUCGUCAACCUCGUCCUCCUCUCGGGCGUGCCCAUCGUGAACAGGCGGAUACCCGAGCUGGACUAUUGCUCACACAUCACCUUCGAGCUGUAUGAGCGUAACCAUGGCCGUGGCAAGUCAGACAAGGAAUACUCCAUCCGGCUGUCGAUCAGCGAGGGCGCGCACUCGUCCAACGUCCUCGACUCGGCGCUUGACGCUCGGCAUUCGCUGAACGUCCAGCCUCGACGGAAGCUGACGCAGCACCUGCCGUACAGCCUCGUCAUCGAGAAGCUCUCGAAGCACUUUGGGCGGGCCAUGGAGGACGAUGAUACCGACAAGGAGUCUCCGUACGAGGCUAUCGUCCCCUUGACGGCAAGCCCCACCGAGAGUUCUGCGGACGAAUUCAGGGACUAACUCCUCAUGCUUUCCAUCCUGUCCCCUACUCCUCCACGGACCAUAACCCAACCCACUUUCCUAGCUCACUUUCCUAAUCCACUUUCCUAGCCCAGAUCGCACAUCACUAUGUAGCUUGUCCCGCGUCGGACGGGCUACACCACAAACUCCCAAGUAUCAUAGGCACUCAUGACCUAGAGACGAAGCACGCACAGUCGCGCUCGGACAACCGGACAGAUAAACAGUAGAACCCACCGGAAUGCGUAACAUAAGCCCAAGUAGUCUGUACUUACAUGGUAUAAUCUGUAUCCUACUCCAAGAUAUCCUAUAGAUCGCAUUCACCACCUCGAGUCGUGCAGGUCAGACAUGGGUCGGCGCGGGGCGCGGGUCUUCCCACUCCUUGAGGCCGAGCUUGGCGCGGAGCGCAGCGAGCUGCUCGGGCCGGAGCUCCUUGAAGAGCAGUUCGUGCGUGCCCUUGCCCGCCAUCGACGGGUGGUCCCUGUCGAAGAGCGCGGACGCGGACUGCGAGAGCAUGGAUGACUGCGUCGCGAGUGCGGCGAAGGACGAUGUCGUGUCGUGGUACAGUCGGAAGGCCUCCUUGUUCAGACAGUCCGCCUCCUGUAUGUCGUCGAGCGCGUGCUUCUUGAACGCCGCCUUCACCCAAUGGAGGACGUCAAACACAUGGUGCUCCUUCGGCCUCCACGGCGCAAAGUGUGGCGCGAGACUGAACGUGCCGUCCUGCUGGGACACGAGCGGGUGGAAGACGUCUGUGAGGAACUGCACCGCCGGCGCGUGUUCGGGGUAGUCGGGCGGGAAGACGACACGGAACUUGAGGACCGAGUCUGUGUAGUAGCCUUGGUGCACAAAGAAGACCGCGUCCCACACGUCGAGGCCCUCCGCGCAGGGCGCGACAUACAUCCCGAGCGGGCAGUGCCCCGCGUGCCGCAGCGCGGCAUACUCGAGCGCGAGCGUGCUGCGCGCGAGCACGCCCGGCCCCCGUUCCUGUGGCGCGGGCGGGAUGCUCGUGGUGCUUGUGCGGGUCGGCGCGCGCGAGUGCGUGCGCGACUUGGGCGAGGCGAGGUCGCGCGGCGGCGAGGAGACGAAGCCGCCCAUCAUCUCGCUCUUCAUCGAGCGCAGGUCCCGGUUGAGCCUGUCGGUCGUGUCGUCGAUGAAGUCCAGCACGCGGUGGGAAAGCUCGCUCAUGGUGGUAGUC